AUGACAGGGACGGAUGCGGAGUUAGCUGGGGAGGUCCCUUCGCCUUUUCUAUCGGCGAGAGUCAAGGUCAGGAAGCAAAAGACACAGAUUGCAGAGCUGGAGGUGGGAGGCGUCAAGAUUUCUGACUCACCCGGGAUCCUGACGGCCGCGACGCAGUAUUUCACGGACCUUUUCGGCACUGACGGUCGGACAUCAACAGAGCGGUGGAAACCGCUUGCUGGGAGAAAGUUGGAUGCAGAGUCGGCGGCUGGGCUUGCAGCAGAUUGGACAGAAGCGGAGGUUAAACAGGCCUUCAAAGCGCUUGCGGACGGCAAAUCACCCGGGAAGGAUGGGCUCCCGAAAGAGCUGUUUGAAAGACACUGGGAUGUCCUCGACAAGGAGUUCCUCCGCAUGGCGCAAUCCUUCUCGGUUUCAGCAACCAUUCCUGCAAGCAUCAAAGAAGCGAUUACUAUUCUGCUCCAUAAAAAGGGAGAGAAGGACAAUCUGGACAACUAUCGUCCGAUCACACUUCUGAACUUCACGUACAAGGUGCUGGCGCGGGUGGUGGCGAACCGGAUGAAGAUGCACCUGCACAAGGUGAUCUCGGCGGAGCAGUACGGCUUUAUUCCCGGCAGGAGAAUCUCGGAGGCCAUCGGUGUGGUUGCUGAUGUUAUUGAGGCGGCGAAAAAGGGGAAUGAAGACUGGUACAUGCUGCUGGUAGAUUUCCGCAAGGCCUUCGACUCGGUGUCUAGAAGCUUCCUUUUCAGCACCCUCAAGGAAAUGGGCUUCCCGGAGAGAUUCGUCGGCUGGGUGGAAGGUCUGCACAAAGACACAAGAACAAGGUUGUUAAUCAACGGUUGGCUGGGGGAAGCAGUGGAUGUUAAGUCGGGGGUGAGACAGGGCUGCCCACUCGCUCCGUACCUGUUUCUCUGCGCGGUGGAACCGCUGGCGCAAGAGGCAGAGCGUCGGAAGAUUGGUCUCUGCAACAAGGCAAACCAACGGUUAGCGUAUGUCGGUUACGCGGACGACACGACACUCUUUUUGGAUGGGAAAAGACAAAUCGCCAGGGCUGAGAAGCUGUUAGCCUGGUUUGCUGGACUGUCAGGGCUGCAGACGAACAAGGGCAAAUCGGUGAUCCUCCCGAUCGGCCACAACAUUGGGAGGAGACCAGGGACGCUGGGUGGCUUUAAAUGGGCCAAGGCGGACGAAGCGGAGAGAGUCCUGGGAGUCUGGGUCACCCCCUCUGGAAGCAGUGAGCCGGCCUGGAAGCGGGCUUUUGAAAAAAUAAUAGUGGAGUUGAUUAAGUGGAAAGCGCUCUUCCUCACGAUUGCGGCGAGGGUUGUGAUUAUCAACUGCUACAUCACACCGAGAAUAGCAUACCAGGCGCAGGUCUAUCCCCCGUCAGAGGAGAUCUGGAAGAAGCUCGUUAAGCUGAUUCACAAUUUCUUAACGGGGAACAAUGCAUCGGCUGAGAAAGGGAUUGGCUGCUUGCUGCUGGAGAAGAACCGGAAAAAAAAGGAAAUCAUGCUCAAGGCGGCGGGAUUACCGCUCGGAGAGGACACGUUCCUGGCUCAUGAACGGUUGCUGAAGCACUGGCCGGGAGAAAACGAGCGCUGGUUACAGACAUGCGAGACUUUCAUGAAAUCCCCGAUGGCGGACACUGGGAAGUCAGACAGCAAAGAGGAGGUGGCGCAAGAAAGGGUGGUUUUUAACCGGAAGCUGCUUCUGAACGGCACGAACCCAGUGGGUGGACAAAAGGAGGCUAAGGGCCUCUGGGGGACGAGGCUGGGUGACCUGGUAACCACGCGUCAGGACGGUACGGUGGAGAUUAAGGACAUGGAUACGCUUGAGCGGGAGCUGCGUAGCAGGGACUCAGCCCGGCUGGCUCUCAAGGCACUUGAUGCAGCCCCGCAGGAAUGGAAGGAAGUGCUCAUCCCGGAUGCCAGUGGAGAGGGGGCUGGAUCUGGGGUGCAAAACUCGUCUGGGAACAGCGGCGGUGGCGAACAUGCAGCGGCUACAAUUUUUCGUUCGGGGAUUUUCACGAACGGGCAGCUGUCAUCCCUGAAGCAGCUGAGGGAAUCGUGGGUUGUGCCAGACGCGGUCUCCACGAAGCAGGAGAAGUGGAUCGGCAAGUGGAGCGGCAAGAUAGACUGGGACCGAAUCAUCCACACCAGAAACUCGCUUGCCAUCCCGAACCGACCGCGUGAUGUCCUUACGCGAUCGUGCUCAAUGAGUCCAUUGGACACACCGUCUCAACCAACCGAAUCAACCUUAUCCCGCAAUUCCAGUGGAGUUGCGGAGCCACCAGAUGGCUCCACGUGGCUGUCCGUCGUCGCGCGCCACGCCGGAGAGCUGCAGUCCAUCCAGCACCAGCUGCAGCGGACCGAUGUGGCGCGUGACCUGCACGUGCUGCGGGUGAAUCAGAUGGAUGCGCUGCGAUUGGACGACGAGAUGCGGCUGAUGCUCAAGGAGCAGCUCAUGCGGUGCAUUCUUCUUUCACCCCAUAUUCCAAGUAUGCACCCCCUCCCACCCCCUUCCCCUCAACGCGCCUCCCCCUCUCCCCUCACGCCCCGUGUCUCCCCGGUCCCCUCGCUUCCCCCUGCCCCUCCGUUCUGGCCUGCCCUCUUACCCCUCCCCGCUGCCCUGAUCCCUACCCCAUCCCCCUGGCCUGCCGCCUACCCCCACCCCGGCCCGUCCGCCCAUGCAUGGCAGGCGGCGUGGGUGGCGAGGUGUGAGGCGGAGGUGGAGCUGCUGCUGGACGUGCUCGUGUGGCGCUUCUCCGUCUGGGCCGACCGCCCCCUGCCCGGCUGCGCUCUCAUGAAUCUCCGCUUCAGGGACGAGCGCACAGCACGCGCGGGGGCAGGGGCGGCUGCACCGCCUGCUGUACCAGUGCGGACGGGGGUGGAGGGGCCGGGGCUGACGGUGGGGCAGAAGGUGCUAUGGCUGGUGCUCACAGGGGGAGUAAAGUACGUGUGGGCGCGCCUGCACUCCACGCGCUGGCUGCUGCCCGUGCACGCACACAUGCCGCCCAACGCCUAUGGGAGGCACGGGUUCCGCACGCUACCGGAGAGGCUGCUGGGGAUAAGGGCGGUGUACGCCAAGCCACACAUGGCGCGCGCUGUCAGCUUUGAGUACAUGAACCGCCAGCUCGUGUGGAAUGAGUUCUCGGAGUUGCUGCUGCUGGUGCUUCCCCUGAUCAGCGUGUCGGCAAUCAAGCAAACCUUUUCCUCCCUUUUCCGCCUCCCGUCGUCAUCGUCCCCUACCGCUGGCGAUGGGUGCCCUGCUCUGCCUUCCGCUGAAGACCGUUCCGCGCCUGGUAACUUCCGGAGCCCGCACUGGCCUGCCAUGGGGCACGCACCAUCGCCCGCGAUUCACGCUCUCACGGCGUCGCGUGUUGGUAUAGGGCAAGGGGAGCUGACGUGGCGACAAGCCUCUCGUGACUCGCAGCACCAGCGUGAAAUGCGGCUUGCCACCUCAUCUCGCCACAUCACUAAAGUGCGUGUAUUACUGUCACAGCCCUCCGUUCAUUCUCGCAGUUCUUGCAUGUCAAUCCACGUCAUCCUAUACCUGCGCCAAUGUUUCCGCGUGGCCUCCGCCAGGCGCCUCCCCGUCCUCCUACAGCGCGCACAUUCUCCGCCCUGCGGAAACUGUUCCGCUCCACGCGGGUGCGCGCGGGCGGCAUGGAGGGGCGAUGGGCAGGCGGACAGGCGGAAGAGCGUCGCAUGCCAUGCAGCGGAGAGCGGUGACGUGGUGCCUGCUGAUUGGGUGGACACGGCAGGGACGCACAAGCGGCCCCGACAAGUUUUUUACGCCAAGAAGGUGCGCCGCGGGCCUUUUAACGGGGAUAACGCAGGAGGUGAGUGGGAUGCGGAGGGAGGAGGUGGUGGGAUGGUGAGGGUGAGCAGUGAGGCGAGCCACGUGCUUGCUUCCCGCCCAUCCUGCCUCUUCCUUCGCCGCCCAUUCUCUCUUCUCCUUUCUUACACUUCCAACUCCUCGCCCUCCCCCCCUCUUCCCCAUUCUCUCUCCGUGCCACGCACACACGUGCAUGCACGGCCAUGUGUAAAUGCUGGACACACUGGACUGGGCACACAACAGAUGCGAGCCAUGGUACGGCAUGCGCUGGAUAAUCCUGUGGGGCAGCCGCCGCUCAAAGAGCGACUGCAGCAGAUCAAACAGGCUAACCCCAACCCCAAGAUCCUGAUAGCGUUUGACGACGUGAGCGUGCCGCUGCCGCCCAUGCGCCGCCCGGACGUGCGACAGCUGAUCAUGGAAGAGGCAGAGCGCGACUGCGUGGCAGCGGGCAUCACGGAUAUCCGCUUCGUGUGCUCCAUCGCUCCAUCGCUCUGCACCGCUACAUCCGCACCGACGAGUUCAGGCACAUCUGCGGAGGGUACCUCCCCACCCCUGUUGCGUGCUGUGGCACGGCAUGGCAUGGCACGGCAGAUCAACCGGCACUAUGCGGAGGCGGAUCUGGUGGUGUACGCGAAUGUGAACUACGUGAGCAUGGACGGCGGGUACAAGUCAUAUGCCACUGGCCUGGUGCAUUACAACAGUGCCCCCGGCUCGCAUGCUGCUGCUGCUGACCUGCUGUGUGCUGUGUGCAGGUCGCUGUUUGACCCGACGCGGAGUGCGCUGCACAAGUCGUUCCACCGCAUUGGGCGCAUGAUGCAGAAGCACACCGAUGUCUUCCAUGUUGAAACUGUGAUCGAUGACCAGCUGCUCCCCUUCUACGCAAGCUUUGCGCCGGGCGGGCAGGUCUGCCCCGACACCCCUCAGCCUGUCUACCUGACACCCCUCCCACUCCCCCUAUGCCUCUUUUCCCUCCCCCGUGCAGCUGUUUCCCUUCUCUUCCCCUUCUACGCGGACUUUGUGCCCGAGCUAGUGCGCAACAUGAACCCGCUGCAGAAGCUCCUCAUGCACUCCACGCUCAUUCUCUUCAAGGUGACAGCAGGGGAGACCCAGGCGGUGCAUGAGAGGACACUGGCAGCCAUCUACCGCGACAAGGUCAUGGACAUUGAUGGCCAGGCGGACAUUCUCAUCCUGGCGCCCAGUGCGCUGGGGCCCUACACCAAGGACAUGUACCUCAACCCCCUGCUCGUGCGUAUGCCGCUCCCUCCCGCUCUGCACUGCACUGCAAAACCAUUGGCCACUUGUUUCCCCUGCCAUGUGUUGCUAGCUACCUAUGAGCAUGCUGUGUGCUGCACCCAUCAUCAUUCCUCCCCAGGCAUGCUCUUCUCAGCCCUUCCACACUAA